AUGAAUUUUAUUAAUACUGAAUAUAAUAUUGAGCAAAAAAAGAAGGUUUAUAUAACCUGGCACCAGCCAUAUAGUACUAAUCAUAAGAAGCAGAAAGGCAAACAAGCAGUACCACGUUUGCGUAAAAUAGCACCCAAACCCACUAUUGCUACUAAAGUCUCCGAUCAAGAGUUUGAGGAAUUCACUGAUGAGGACGAAUGGAUUGAUGAACUUGAGAAUGAUAAUGAAAAGACAGAUCAAAACCUGGCAAUAUAUUUGACAGAAUCGUUACCGAAUUACCAAAAAUCUGCAGAAAUCCUCUUUGAUAUAAGUACCGACCUACCAACAAUUCAGAAACAACAGAUUAAGAAUCUACUACAAGAAA